ACGCGUGCGCAGAAGGACAGUCGCCGCGCGUGCGCAGGAGAGGGGUGUCCCUCGGACAGGAGAGGGGAGACCGGCAGCGGACCUGAAUCGGGUCGGUGCUCGUAGACGCCGCCAUCAUGUUCCGGUGCCGCGUGUCUACCAGGCUGGUGCGGGCGCUCGGCCCAAGGUCACAGGGCCGUGCGGAGACAGGCAACUUGCUUCAGCGAUGGAAAGUUCCCUUAGAAGUUCAGCUGAGCAGACAAAUGGCUAACUCUGGUGUUCCGGGGGGCAAAGGCGAAAAAGCUGUCUUUGUCCUCCUUGUGGGCUUAUCCACCUUAGGAGCAGGGGCCUAUGUGUACAAGAUGCUGCAAGAAGAUCAAGAACGGUAUAAGAAGCGCAUUCUGGCAGUAGAUCGGCGCCUCCAGCAGGAUACAAAGCCCCUGGCAGCCCCGGAAACAGAAGCAGCCCCUCGCCCUGAAUUUCCAUCUCAUGUUCCUUUCCUACUAAUCGGCGGAGGCACUGCCGCUUUCGCUGCUGCCAGAUCCAUUCGGGCUCGGGAUCCCGCGGCCAGGGUGCUGAUUGUGUCUGAAGAUCCUGAACUUCCAUACAUGCGGCCUCCGCUUUCCAAAGAACUGUGGUUUUCGGAAGACUCAGAUGUCACAGAAACCCUGCGGUUCAAGCAGUGGAAUGGCAAAGAGAGGAGUAUAUACUUCCAGCCACCUUCUUUCUAUGUAUCUGCGCGUGACCUGCCUCAUAUAGAGAAUGGUGGAGUGGCCGUCCUCACUGGAAGGAAGGUGGUCCACAUGGACGUCAGAGGCAACGUGGUGAAACUUGACAACGGCGCACAGAUCUCCUAUGACAAGUGCUUAAUUGCCACAGGUGGUUCUCCAAGGAAUCUUCCUGUGAUCGUGAGAGGGGGUAAAGAGGUGCAGCAGAGGCUCACCCUCUUCCGGAAGAUUGAAGAUUUCCGUUCGCUGGAGAAAAUUUCCAGAGAAGUCAAGUCAGUCACCGUUAUUGGCGGCGGUUUCCUGGGUAGCGAGUUGGCCUGUGCUUUGGGGCGAAAAGCGCAGUCGAGGCGUCUAGAGGUCAUCCAGAUGUUCCCGGAGAACGGCAACAUGGGCAAGGUUCUUCCUGAGUACUUGAGCAACUGGACCACUGACAAAGUCAGGCGAGAGGGAGUGAACGUAAUGCCCAAUGCGGUAGUGAAGUCUGUAUCUCUUAGUGGGAAGCGGCUGCUAAUAGAACUGAAGGAUGGAAGGAAAGUGGAGACAGAUCACAUUGUGGCAGCUGUGGGCUUGGAGCCCAGUGUGGAACUGGCCACAUCAGCGGGCCUGGAGGUGGACUCAGACUUUGGGGGCUUUAGGGUUAAUGCAGAGCUCCAGGCCCGCUCAAAUAUCUGGGUGGCAGGGGAUGCCGCUUGCUUCUAUGACAUCAAGCUAGGCAGGCGACGCGUGGAGCACCACGAUCACGCUGUGGUGAGCGGAAGGCUGGCGGGAGAGAAUAUGACAGGAGCAGCCAAGCCAUAUUGGCACCAGUCCAUGUUCUGGAGCGAUCUGGGCCCAGAUGUGGGCUACGAAGCCAUUGGCCUUGUGGAUAGCAGCUUGCCCACUGUGGGAGUGUUUGCUAAAGCGACAGCAAAGGACACCCCAAAAUCAGCAACAGAGCAAUCAGGAACUGGAAUCCGCUCUGAGAGCGAAACGGAAAUGGAAGCACAAGAGCUGAAGGUCUCAGCUGCCUCGCCUUCCAGCCUGCAGGCUCCACAGCAGGGAGAGGACUACGGGAAAGGCAUCAUUUUCUACCUCAGGGAUAAAGUGGUGGUGGGAAUCGUGCUGUGGAACAUUUUCAAUCGGAUGCCAAUUGCUCGAAAGAUCAUUAAGGACGGGGAAGAGCACGCUGACCUCAACGAAGUUGCCAAGCUCUUCAACAUCCACGAGGACUGAGUGUCCCACCCCAAGCCUCAGGCUGGGAUGCCUUUGGAAACUGGAGAGGGGCAGGCCUGGGCUGCGUGAGCGUGUCUGUUUGCUGCCUCCUUCCCCUUCCCCACAGAGUGUGCGUGUGUGAAUAGUUGUGAAUGUCAGGAAUGGCCCAGGGCUCUCUUUGCACCAUGCAUUAAACUAGAUUAACUUCUAAAUUGCAAUCAA